CUGCAGAUAUAACAGAUGCUGAGUGCAUGUUGGAAAAUGUACUGAAUCAUUCUAUUUCAGUGUUCUUUAGUUGAUUUGUUAAUGAUAAUGAAUCCCCGGGUCUUUGACGCGCUCUGACCGGCGGGCGCGCGCUGCUCGUGCGUGUUUCUGCGCGAGCGUUUGUUUGGAAACUCCGAGACUAAACUAACUCGAGAAAGCUUAAUUCGGAGCAGAAGUCAAUAUGUCGCGGAUAUUAAACACGUUUAACGCUCUCGUGAGGCGAGACUUGAGGAGAAAAUCACUGCGCGUUUCUGCGCGGAGCCUCGCGACAGAUGACGGAGACCCCCCUGGGCUUCUGGGGAAGCGUCUGAAGGACUCGGCGGAGACGGUGGUCAUCGGCGGCGGGUGUGUCGGGGUCAGUCUGGCGUAUCAUCUGGCCAAAGCCGGACAGAAGGACGUGGUGCUGCUGGAAAAAUCCGAGCUGACGGCCGGAUCCACAUGGCACGCGGCGGGACUCACCACAUACUAUCAUCCAGGCAUUAAUCUGAAGAAGAUUCAUUAUUACAGCAUUAAACUCUUUGAGCAGCUCGAGGCCGAGACGGGACAGGCCGUGGGCUUCCAUCAGCCCGGCAGCAUCAGACUGGCGUCCACUCCGGUCCGCGUGGACGAGCUCAAAUAUCAGAUGACCAGAACACACUGGCACCCGACGCCACAGUUCCUCAUCGGCCCCGAGAAGAUCCAGCAGCUCUUCCCUCUGCUCAACAUGGACAAGGUGUUGGCGGGUCUUUAUAAUCCGGGUGACGGUCACAUCGACCCGUAUUCCCUGACGAUGGCUCUGGCGGCGGGAGCGCGAAUGUACGGCGCUCAGAUCUAUUGUCCCGCUCCUGUCACAGGCCUCACGCCGACCACCGAUGGCAGAUGGGACGUCCAGACGCCACAUGGAUCCAUCCGAGCCAAUCGCAUCGUCAAUGCCACAGGGUUCUGGGCGCGUGAACUGGGUCAGAUGAUCGGGUUCCCACACCCCACCAUCCCAGUGCAUCACCAGUACGUCGUCACGGCGACGGUUCCCGAGGUGAAGGCGCUGGAGACGGAGCUUCCUGUGAUCCGGGAUCUGGAGGGCUCGUAUUACCUGCGUCAGGAGCGAGACGGCCUGCUGUUUGGACCCUACGAGAAGGAGGAGAAGAUGAAGCUGCAGGACUCGUGGGUCAGAGACGGAGUUCCUCCAGGUUUCGGUAAGGAGCUGUUCGAGUCCGAUCUGGACCGGAUCAUGGAUCAUGUGGAGAGGGCUAUGGAGAUGGUGCCUGUCCUGAAGAACGCUGACAUCAUCAACAUUGUGUCCGGACCGAUCACAUACACACCUGACCUGCUGCCCAUGAUCGGACCACACCAGGGGGCCAGAAACUACUGGACCGCCAUCGGCUUCGGGUAUGGUAUCAUUCACUCUGGAGGAGUGGGGAAGUUUCUGAGCGACUGGAUCGUGAGCGGUGAGCCACCGUAUGACCUCAUCGAGUGUGACCCCAACCGCUACGCUCACUGGACCAGCGUCCCGUACCUGUGCGCCAAAGCGAGAGAGUCCUACGGCUUCAACAACGUGGUGGGUUACCCGAAGGAGGAGCGCUUCGCCGGUCGCCCGACUGACCGGGUCAGUGGCAUCUAUGAGCUGCUGAAGGACACAUGCUCCAUGGGUUUCCACGCAGGAUGGGAGCAGCCACAUUACUUCCACAAACCUGGAGACGACACGGGAUACAAACCCAGCUUCAGAAGGACCAACUGGUUUGGGCCGGUCGGCCGCGAGUGUAAACUGGUGAUGGAGGGAGUGGGUGUGAUUGACCUUUCACCUUUUGGGAAGUUCAUCGUUAAAGGAGAGGAUUCGCACCGGCUGCUGGACCGACUGUUCGCCAACACACUGCCAAAGGUGGGUCAAACCAACAUCAGUCACAUGUUGACCCCACGGGGGCGUGUCUACGCCGAGGUCACAGUUACCCAGACUGCACCUGGAGAGUUUCUGCUCAUCACAGGCUCUGGGUCGGAGCUGCACGAUCUGCGGUGGAUCGAGCGCGAGGUGUGUGACGGCGGGUAUCGUGUGAGCGUCUCUAAUGUGACGGAUGAGAUCGGUGUUUUGGGCAUCGCCGGACCGAAGUCACGAGCGGUUCUUCAGAAGCUGACAGAUGAAGACAUGAGUGACACGGCCUUCAGAUUCCUGCACUGCAGGUCCAUGCAGCUCGCCGGCGUUCCCCUCCGUGCCAUACGCAUAUCCUACACAGGUGAGUUGGGUUGGGAGCUCUACAUGGACAUGCAGAAGAUGUCAGUUGUGUACGAGGCGCUGAUGGAAGCAGGACGAGACGAGAAAAUCGAUAACUUCGGCACAUACGCCAUGAACUCCCUGAGACUGGAGAAGGGCUUCAGAGCCUGGGGAGCUGAGAUGAACUGUGACACGAAUCCUUUAGAAGCUGGUUUGGACUAUUUCAUCAAACUCAAUAAGCCCGCUGAGUUCCUGGGUAAACAGGCUCUGCUGGAGAUCAGGGCUCAGGGUUUGAGCCGGCGGCUGGUGUUCCUCACGCUGCACACAGACGACAUCGACCCGGAGGGAAACGAGACGGUCUGGCACAACGGAGAGGUGGUGGGGAACACUACAUCAGGAUCGUACAGCUACACCGCGCAGCAGAGCCUGGCCUUCGCUUACCUGCCCCUGCACCUGCUCCACGUGGGGCAGAAGGUGGAGGUGGAGCUUCUGGGUCAGAAAUACCCGGCCACGGUCACUCAGGAGCCGCUGGUGCCCACAGAACCCACUAGAACCCGUCUGCAGAAGAAGAACCGGAGUGUUUGAUGGCCACAGAGACGAUCCUGAGCUCAUUCUGAAUAUGAUAUUCAAUGAUGUUACAACAGAACAGGAAAUAUCAUACCCAUAAAUCAGGUGCAAGCUACAUGGAAAUCAUAAAAGGAUUGCAAAUGUGCCAGAAUAUGGAAACGUAAAGGUUGAAGAUUUUGAAAUCUGUUAAAUCAUUUUAAUUGAAAACUGUGAAGAUUUGCUGCUAAACAUUGUGUCUUAAUGUCAUAUUCUGUGAAUUAUUUCCAGAGUCAGUAUUUCACACUUGUGUGUUCUUGCGGGAUCAGACUGACUGAUGAGUCUUACAACUUUAAUAAAGCACAGUUAUCUCAGUAUUACAGAUUCUAGGAUCAUCCUAAUAUUUAAACGACCUCUGAUUAUUCAUGUCACUCUGUAGUGUGUUUUCAUUGUCAAUAAACACACUUUCCCUCUCGA